UUCCACAUUGCCUUUUCCGUGUGGUGCACAGAUUUUAUAAAAUGCCAAAUCCCAGACCCAACUCCAUUAAAAAGCUACGCAAAACCCAGAGAACUCCAAAUUCUGACGCCUAUUUAUCUUGGCUUACUUUAUUUUAAGAUCCGAACCCCUGCAGCCUCCAUUGCACUGUUGUGUAUAUAUAAACCUCAUUACCCCACCUUUCUGUUUAAAAAAAAGAUCCUACACGUUUCUGGGGUGGAUUCUUCCAUGUCUUCAGGAUUAUGUUCGCAGGGUGGUUUGGUAUUGGCAACUGCUAUGGUUGUUUCCAGCGCCGUGAUUUUCCUUGGGCUUUCAAGGAAAAAAUGUUUGCCACCUCCUAAGCAAUCUCUUCGUUCUUGCUUGUCUUCUUCAGAGGGGAAGAGAAGGGACAAAAGAAAGAAGAAAGUGCAGUUUGCCGAGAAUGUAAAGGAAACGAAUGGUAACGGAGAAAAGUACAGGAAAGAACAACGAAAGAAGUUUAUUGCAGAAACAGAUAGAUUCUGCAGGAAUGAAAUGCCUCCUAAUAGGAUUGCUUUAUACAAUGGAAUCCUCAGGGAUCGUGUGCAUAAAAUGCAGAGUUCGUAUUGAUUCUUAA